GGUGCUGGCAGCCUGUAGUUUACCUGGCGUCCCGUCCAGGUGUUCUGCGGUUAUUCUGCAGAGUUUCCAGAGUGUAUCUGAGCUGCUAACAGCACGGUUCCUCCCAGCUCCAGCUCCGUCUGCAGGAGGUCGGAGCGGGAAGUUUGAAGUCUGUCUGAGACUAGCAGCUGCUCCAGAACCGCCCUCAGUUCGGGUUUCACCGGGUUUAAAUGAGUCCAAUGCCGCUAUGUUGUCUCCGACCUUCCUCGGCCGGCACCGGCUCAGUCCGGAUCAGAGCUCCUGCGGCUCGGUCCAGAUAACCGUCCAGAAGCUCCAGGACUCUCACCGGACCGACGCGGACUGGAGGCGGAAGAAGCCCGGACCGAGCCCGGACCCGGACCCGGGGCCGGCAGUGCGGCCAGCGGCGCAGUCUCGGCCCGGUGAAGAGCUGCUGACGUCAUGUUUCACAGCCGGAGAGCGAGGAGUUGUCCUGGGAGCUCUGAGACAGCGGUCUCAGAGUGCCCCCCACAGAAAAGAGGUCCAAGUGCAGCUGCUGGAUCCGGGGCUGCUCCAAAUCACAACCCCCAGGGCCGGCUCUGCUGUGACCCACCACGGCGGAGCAGAGCCGUCCUCCAAUUGUCUGGGAGAUGCCAGUGAUGCAGCAGCAUCUGCAGCGGCUGCUGCUGCUGCUUCUGCAGCUGCUGCUGCAGCUGUGGCUGCCGCCGCUCCUCUCAUCAGGGCCCAGUCAGAUAUGGAAGCUCGCGUAUCUCAGUUGGCUGAUGGCAUUCAGAAGCUGUUACACACAAACAGGGAGGAUCCGGGCCGGGGGCGGAGCCUGAGUCAGCAGACACUGGAACAUCUGGAGACCCUGCAGAGCCAGCAGCUGCAGCUGCAGAGCCAGCUGCUGGAGUCAGCCAUCAAGAUAGUGACAGGCCACGCCUCUGUACAAUCUGACCGCACAGCUGCAUCUCACCAUCAGGGCGUUGCAGCAAACAUUGUCAGCAACCAGCAGCCAAGCUCCUCAGGAACAAGACGCCCUGCUCCUGUCUUCACUGCCGUGGAAACAGCCCCAGUUACUUUGGAGACAUGCCACAAUGACCGCUGGCCUGACAACACCAGUUUGAAGGACAACCUCCAUCUCCAGGGUUUGGCCGAUGAAAGCCAGGAGGCAGUGAGUAGAGCCAAUCAGAUGCUGCGGGAGAUGAGGUGUCUGAAGGACGAGAUGAAGAUGCUGCUGAAACAACCAGAAGACUCAGCAGAAGUCACAGAGCCUGCACUGGACCCCCUCCAGGUCCCACAAAUCCCCCCUCAGUCCCAGCAAAACCAGACCCAGCAAACCCUCUUCCAAAACAACUAUCUCCAACCCCGACCUUCUCAUUUGGAACAAAAACGGAGUCGCCAGAACACGUCCCAACAAUUGCAGUCCCACCAAAAACAGUCCGAGUUCCUAAAUCUGCGGUCCAAUCAAAAGGUGUCCCACCAGACCCACUUGACGUGUCAUCAGGGCCCGCUCCACCCAAUCCAGUCCCAAGAAAAUCAGAGCCAACAAUCCCACCAGUCCCAGUCGGGCCUGGCUCAGAGGAGGCCUAGGGGUCCGUCCACGCUGGAGGAGGCCGGUCGGGUUCUCCGUCAGGCCCGGAGACGGAAGAAGGUUCUGGAUGAGAACCUGGAGGUUCUGCUGAAAGCCAAGACUGGAGAGAUCCUGCAGUGCCAGCUGGACGCCCUGGCUGCUAACAGAGACUGGACAGAGGAGGUUCGGAUCAAGAAGACGGUAGACGCCUGGAUCAGUUGUUCAGCCAGAGAUGUCCAGACUCGUCCUGCUCCUCGUCACGCUGACGUUGGCUCAGAUGACGUCAUCGACCGCAGAUCUGCAAAAGGAGUGACGUCCUCACGUCCGAAGACCACGGGGAGGGGGGCGCCAGUGAACAUGCUCAGAGGAGCAGGACGGACGCCGGCGACGGGAAGAGGAGGCGGAGGGUCAGCAGCUGGACCCAGACUGCUGCAGGACGCGGGGCCUGCCAGAGCCACAGGUGAACAGCAGGCAGACAGCCGGCAGGUGGAGGAUCACGCGGAGUCGUACCUGACCCAUCUGUACGGUAAAGUCCCGUACGAUGGUCUGAGACGGACCCUGAAGAAAAGCCCCUACCCUCGCUUCAGGUCUCCUGUGUCACCGGUCAGCAGGAAGUCCCGGCCGCGGCUGGUGGAGAGCGUCAAAGGUGUGAAGCUGAAGUCCUGCAAGACUCAGACCAGCUUCGCUCCUCCUCUCAGUUUGACACCAGAACAACCUUAUGUGAUCAGCUCCACCCCCCUCACAUCACAAUACCCCGCCCACAUUACUGUGACCAACGCAGACAACUCCCCUGUUGCCAUGGCGAUUCCACUGGGUCGUCCCAAGGUGCUCUCCUUCUCCCCGUCUGAGCGCGCUCAGAACGCCACCUCAGCUCUCCACGCCCCUCUCUCGGCCAGUGUGGUUGCCGUGGACAACAGAUCACCUGAACGAGAGAUGCAGCAGAUGAACGCUAAAGCUCCACCUGUGGAUGACAGAGCUCCAGGAGGAGGAAGAAGAAGAAGAAGAAGAAGAGAACAUCUUCCUGGAAAUGACCUGUCUGUUGCUAAUGCUGUUCAGGAGGAGGCGAGUCUUGUGGGAGAAGACGCUGUGGUCUUAGACGGUCGUCCGUCUCCUGCUCCGGUUCUUUACCACGGUCCAGCCUUCCCUCCAGAAGCCCCCUCUUCCUGCCACGUCCAAAACCAGACUCCAGUCUUAGACGUAGACCAGCAACAGGACGCCUUGGAAGAGCGGCUGGUAAAAUGGGUCGGGCAGCAGCUCAUGUCUAGAGUGAUUGCUGAUAUCUACCACCCACCUCUGUCUGACCCCGCCCAGAAUGACCACACGGACCAAUCUGAGCCCGAGGAGCGGAGCUUCACCUCAGACAUUGUGGAAGCAGCAGGAGGUGGAGGCCUGCAGCUGUUUGUGGACUCCAACAUCUCUGUGGACUCCGAAUUAAUCAGGAAGCUUGUUCACGAGGUUCUGACUGAGACUUUGAGCCAAAUGCUGGGCCAGAGGAAUGAGCUGGAUGCGAAACCAGAACCAGGACAAGAUGCACCAAAACCAGGACCAGCAGCUCAGGAGGAGGAUAAACAGGUUCCAGUGGUCCCCACACCGGUACCAACCCCGGUGCCCAGUGAGGACCCGUCCAGUAAGGAGAGCACACCAGUAACCACCCCAGCUCCAUCUGAACCAGCCAGCCCACUGAGCGAGAAGUCUCCUCAGCCAAUCACAGCGCCAGACCUUAUAGCCACGCCUCCCAGCAGCCCCAAGCCCCUCCCUGCUGUCGAAGCUCCGCCUCCUGUCACCUUGGGAAACCCUGAGCUUCCACUGGACAAGGAGAGACCAGAGGAUGUGGCUCUAAAUGAACAGCAGCUGAUAUCAGUUGCAGAGGAGGAGCCGCCUCCCUGCUCCCCUCUCCCUGCUCCUUCCCUCCCCCCUGCUACUGCACCCCCCUGCAGCUCCCCAGAGGACCCCACCUCCACCAGUAUCACCAGUACCCCCAGCAGCUCCAGCAUAAGUUGCACAGUGACUGUAGGGACUGAAGCAGCAUUGAAGCACAUCUCAGAGGGAGAGCUGCUCAUCAGCGUCAACCAGACGGUCCCUCUGACAGAGGAGGAGGUCGGUUGCAGCUUCUCCAGCUCUCUGCAGGAGCUGCAGGACAUGGACCUGGAUCCACCCACCAUAGAGCAGAUCAGAGAUCAUGACCUGUUGGACCUGCUGACCAGGAUGGAUGGAGACGUCUCACUCAGAGGAAACCAGACACAUGCAGAGGAGGACUUGAGCCUGGGGGAGGUCAGAGACUACGACAGCCAACUGGAUCAGAACUCUUCUCAGCGACAGACCCGUCAGGCUGCAGUUGGACGUCAGGAGGGAGGAACCAGGAAGAUGGAUGUUCAUCUGCCCUCCGUCAGACCCCUGGAGGAGGAGGAGGAGGAGGAGGAGGAGGUGGGGGAGGAGCUGAGUGAAGCGGCAUACUCGCACUCUUCCACCAGUGAUGUCUUUUGAUCGAACAGGACAGAGGUUUUCUUCUCGUGACUUCAUCAGUCAGAUGAUCUUCGUCUUCCUGUGACAUCAGCUGAUUUUUGUCUGCAGUACAGCGCCAAGACAACCUGAACAUAAGGGACUAUUUUACUGACCAAAACCACUCAGGACAGGUGUGCUAGAUUUACUCGCACAGAAAAAGACUAAUCUGCUUAUAACUGUGUUGUUUUAGUUGCUGCAUUAGUAAAUGGGUCAGGAAGUAUCUUACUAGAAACUGACUCAUUUCCUGUUUCAUGAAUAAAUGUGACAUGAAUAAA